AUGGUUACUGGUUACACAUCUGGCUACGAUACCCCGAUACUGGAUCAGGUAGCCAACGUGUCACCUCAACUGCUCAGCUUCAACAACAAUCAGCUGACCUUCCGAUUCAGUCGACCUCUUGGUGAGAAUGGGGCAAGAAAACAUAAGUUGGAAGAUUGCCAGAAUUGGAGCUUCGUAAAGGAGGGAGAUUUGAGCGCUGAUGAGAUCGCGCCGCACACAACGAAACCGAUUACAGUACAUGUGUGUCCGAAGGAGUGCAAGACUAUAGUAUUCCGCGACUAA